AUGGAGUCAAUUGACAAGACAGCCACUAAAGCCGCUUGGGUUUAUAACACCAGUGGACCAGUCCGAGAUGUCCUUAAACUUGAUAAAGAGUUCCCAAGCGAAACCAGCGAAGAUUUUAAGCCUGACGACAUUCUGGUAGAUGUUGUAGCUAUGAGCAUCAAUCCCAUUGAUUACAAGCUCAUGCAAACAUAUAAAAUGUUGCUCAAGCUUAUGUUUAAAUUUCCUGUCAUUCCUGGCCUUGACUUUGCAGGAAAGAUCGUGGCUACGGGUCCUGACGUUAGGGGUUUGAAAGUAGGUGAUCAUGUUUGGGGAAAACAGGCCGUAGCCCGUUACCGUUCCCAAGGAGGAACACUCACGACUCGGAUUCUUACUGAUACCAAAUGCGUAUAUCCUCUUCCUGACUCGAUUAGCUUCAAUGAUGCUGCUGGCUUUGGCGUCGCUGGCAUCACUGCUUGGGAGGGCUUGGUCGAAGCCAUGCACGUUAAGCCUGGACAAAGGGUAGUCAUCCUUGGAGGUAGCGGUGGUGUAGGAACUUUUGCUAUUCAAAUUGCAAAAGCCCUCGGCGUGGAAGUGACCAGCAUUAGCUCAACAACAAAUUUACAAUUGUGCAAGUCUUUAGGAGCUACUCAUACGAUUGAUUACAAGUCCGAAGACGUCGUUGCCAGGUUAGGUGAGACCGGUCCCUACGAUUACGUUUUUGACUUGAUUAAUGACAAUGGUCUGUACAACGCAUCCUCUAAAUUUUUGAAGCCGGAUGGCGCUUUUUACGGUAUUGCAGGUGAUGUUUCUCUGGGUUAUAUGGGUAGCGCUAUAUCACGCAAAUUGAGACCCAAAGUUUUGGGUGGCAGCUCCCAUGCUUACCAUAAUUAUUUGCUUAAGGCGGAACCGAAAACUAUUAAAGAGUUUGCCGAGUUUGUUAGCGAAAACGGAAUUAAAACCGUUACUGAUAGCCUUUACAAUUUCGACCAUGCCCUUGCUGCUUUUGAUCGGUUGACUUCUCAUCGUGCUAAGGGAAAGAUUAUCGUUAAGAUGGAUUAA